CGUUUUCUUCAGUCAUUCGCCGUCAUUCAAAGCGUGCGGAGGUUGUGUGUUUUUUGUGCGUGUCAGUGAUUUUUUUUUAAUUUCAAUCAAACCUGAAAACAAUUUAAUUCAUUUAUGCACCAGUAGUAUUCCCAACACGCCCAGAUAUCAAAUUCAAGCUGAAAGAUGACCUCAAACAUUGUUGAGUUCUAUCGCGGGAAAAAUCUCUUCAUAACGGGAGGUACUGGCUUCUUGGGCAUUGCUUUGAUUGAGAAAAUCUUGCGAUCAUGUCCAGAUGUUGGAGAAAUCUAUCUGCUCAUGCGACAGAAGAGGGGCAAAUCCAUUGAGCAGCGUCUCGAAGAGUUGACGAAAAAUUCAAUUUUUGAGACUCUACUGGAGAAGAGCAGUCCGGAUGUAUUUAAGAAACUCAUUCCGGUCACGGGGGAUGUUGGUGAUGAAGAUCUCGGUUUGUCAGCAGCUGAUCGGCAGCGUUUAAUUGAGAAUGUGAAUAUUGUAUUUCACUCAGCUGCAACACUGGACUUUCAGGCAUCACUCAAGCCCACAGUUAAUAUUAAUUUACUCGGGACACGCCGCGUAAUGGAACUGUGUCAACAAAUUCGGAAUAUGAAGGCGAUGGUUCACGUAUCGAGUGCCUAUGUUAACUCAUUCUUGCUGGAGACCCACGAGAAACUGUAUCCUGCACCCGAGAUUGCUCAGAAGGUGAUUGACUUGGCGCAAACACUGAGUGAUGACGCAGUCGAUGAACUAACUCCGGGCCUCCUCAAAGAUCACCCCAAUACGUACACAUUCACGAAACACCUGGCUGAACAUGAAGUGAACCAGUGCGCAGCUAAAUUCCCAUGCGGAAUUGUGAGGCCAAGCAUGAUUACGGCGGCAUGGAAGGAACCCGUGCCCGGGUGGACUAUCAGCAAGAAUGGGCCACAAGGAUUCCUCAUGGGGGCAUCAAAGGGGGUCAUUAGGCGCCUUCCUGUUGCCCUGGACUUGGUAUACGACUACAUUCCCGUGGAUGUGGUGGUGAAUCAAUUGAUUGUUGUUGCCGAGGAGAUUGCGCGGAAGCAAUCGGGAGAACUUUCCAUCUAUCACUGCACUUCCAGCACGUACAAUCCCUUCCGGUGGUCGAGUGUUUCGAAGAAGGUCAAUGGCUAUCUCCACAAGUACCCACUGAAAUCAGCCGUGUGGUAUCCUCAUCUCAAGUUUGUCCAGAGUUUGAUUCUCUUCAAAAUCUCUGCGAUUUUCUUCCACUUCCUCCCGGCUUACAUCCUCGAUGGCAUUACAAAAGUUGCCGGGGGCAGGCCAAUCUUGGUUCGUCUGCACACAAAUGUUUGGGAAUCUCUGAAGCGUCUGGAAAAAUUCAUCUUCACAGAAUGGAAAUUCCACAAUGCACGAACACUCGAAUUGAAUAAAACCCUCUCGCCGAUGGACAAGCAGCUUUUCAACAUUGACAUCGUCACCCUCGUGUGGGAGGACUACUUUGUCAAUCUCACCCAAGGAGUUCGUCGGUAUCUCAACAAUGAGCAUCCCAAAUCCCUGCAGCAGGCACGGAAGAAGGACACUUAUUUGCUGUUUGUUCACCUGGGAGUUCAGCUUCUCAUCCACUGUGGAUUCUGGUGGAUGGCCUCGUGCUUCGUGGGGCUUCCAAUGAGCAAGAUACCAUUUGUUGUGCCGCUCUCAUACGUCCUCUGGGGAUUCCUCUAAACACACUCUCCUCCAUCAAUUUGAAUCGUUUAUUUCAAGGAAUCUCAAACUCUUUUUUACUAUGCUAUUUGUUUUAAAAUGCCAUAGCUACAACAACAACAACAAAACGAUGCAUUUACAUUUCAAACAAACUUUUAGCAUAAAAAACAAUUAAUUUUUAACAAAAAGAAAUUUUUUUGCAGAGUUUUCGAAAUGAACGAUUUCAAUUUUUGAAGCCCCGAGGAAGCUUCUCUGAAUUAUUUAAUUAACUUUGUAUUCCACGUUCGCUUUCCAUCUUUUCUCACAUCUUUUUUUUUUCAUUAAUAUUAUCAUUUUUAUGGAUUUUAUGUAUUAUUUUUUAAAUUCAAUAAAAAAAAACAUCUUUUUUGGUGUUCUGGAGAAA